GGCAGUACUCCCUAACUUUCAUUGACAUCUGUCCCAAAAAAAUAGACACUGGAUUUUUGCUAAGACUUCUGGGAAAUUUGCAAGGAACUGGUUUUGAAGUAAUAGAUUUGAAUACUCCCUAUUUAGUGCUCCAAGAUGAGUGAAGUGAGGGAUAUUGGACACAACAAAUGUCUUGUUUGUUUUGGACCAUUGGCAGCGCCCCCCAACUUUUAUUGACAUUUGUCCCAAUGUCUUGACCCUUGUCCUAUCUUGUGGGGUCCAGAUGACCCCACCCUCACAUUGACGUGUUAUCCCUCCCAUGACAAAGGUGGUCAGGAUUCCACGUCUGUCAUGGACACCAGUGAAAAUCCUAAAUCAUUGAAACACAACACAUUUCUUGUUUCUUUUUGACAAUUGGCGGCGCUCCCCAACUUUUAUUGACAUAUGUCCCAACGUCUCUUAAAAAAUAACCAAAUGCAUAGACUAUGGAAGACUAUCAGCUUCUCACACAGUGCCUUCUAUUUAUUCUCUACGCUCUUCUAUACAUAAAUUAAGUCAGGAUGAAUCUUAAAAGUGUGACUGAGGGCGAUGCCAGUAAAGCAAAAUAAAUUGGGUAUUUCAAAAAUACAACCUGUAGUGGGUGUUUGUGUGGUGGCUUUUUUAUUUUUUUUAUUUUUAUGAGCUUUGGAGCUGCAAAUUUCUAGUGAAACGCGUGUCACCUGGUUGUUGGUAUUGUUCCGCUGGUGGCGGCAAAACAAAGCGACUCGGGGCUGUUUGUGUAUGCUGAGAGGAAGGCAGCACAGGUGGAGCGUGGGCUUCGCAGCUAAAAAUACAGACCCGAAUAAAAUACAUAUACAUGCUGUAUUUAAAAAUAAAUAAAAAAUUCAAUCGGGGCUGUAUACUCUCAUAUUUCUGCUGCAGCUGCUGCGUUCAUGCGAGUUGACAGUGAUUUUUAUUUCAUUUUCCCGGCGUAUGAGACCGAGAUCGGCUCCCGUCUGCCAUAUCGUAAUCACUUGGCUUGAUGCCUUGAUUUGAAUUGGGGAGUACGCCGCACACGGAGUAUGAUACAGCUGCUCGAAAGGGCACAUUACUGUACCAACUGCUUUUUUUUUUACUUUUUCCUGCAGGUCACAGUGCAUUGGAGACGCUACGGUCUCCCUUUCCUCCUCCUCCUCCUCCUGUCUGUGCUGGCAGUGAACACACCUCAGUGCACACAGUCCCUGGAUGCAGUCUGGCAGGGCUUAGUGAAUCAUCUUCCCGUCACAGAUUUUGCGAAGCAUCUGGAAUCGCAGCAACAGUAAUUGAGGUCUUGUGGGAGUGGUGGCGCUUUGGAGGAAACGGUGCCAAAUAGGAAGCACCCAACAAGGGUAUUUACCACCGGAAAGACUUACUACUGAGCUCUUCUGGGACCUUCGGCAGUGGGCGGUGAGAGAAGGAGGCCAUGUGGACCGUACGCCUGCUCGUCCUCGCCAGCCUCUUUGCACCGGCCGCACUGGCCUUCAGUCGAGCGCCCAUCCCCAUGGCGGUGGUGAGGAGGGAGCUGUCGUGUGAGAGUUACCCCAUCGAGCUGCGAUGCCCCGGCACGGACGUCAUCAUGAUCGAGAGCGCCAACUACGGACGCACCGACGACAAGAUCUGUGACGCAGACCCAGCGCAGAUGGAGAACACGAGGUGUUACCUUCCGGACGCGUACAAGAUCAUGUCUCAAAGAUGCAACAACCGAACCCAGUGUGCCGUCGUGGCCGGACCGGACGCGUUUCCUGACCCAUGUCCGGGAACUUACAAGUACCUGGAGGUCCAAUAUGAAUGUGUACCUUACAAAGUGGAACAAAAAGUAUUCCUGUGCCCAGGGCUUCUGCGUAGGGUGUACCAGAGCGAGCACCUCUUUGAGUCGGACCACCAGUCUGGGGCUUGGUGCAAAGACCCCCUACAGGCUUCCGACAAAAUCUACUACAUGCCUUGGACUCCCUACCGCACUGACACUUUGACUGAAUACUCUUCCAAGGAAGACUUUAUCGCCGGAAGGCCGACGACGACCUACAAGCUCCCCCACCGCGUUGACGGUACAGGUUUCGUGGUCUACGAUGGAGCCCUGUUCUUCAACAAGGAGCGCACGCGCAACAUCGUCAAGUUUGACCUGCGAACGCGGAUCAAGAGUGGCGAGGCCAUCAUAGCCAACGCCAACUAUCACGACACGUCCCCAUACCGCUGGGGAGGGAAGUCGGACAUUGACUUGGCUGUAGACGAGAAUGGGCUUUGGGUGAUUUACGCCACAGAGCAAAACAACGGACGGAUCGUCAUCAGUCAGCUCAAUCCCUACACGUUGCGCGUUGAGGGCACUUGGGAAACAGAUUACGACAAGCGCUCAGCUUCAAACGCCUUCAUGAUCUGCGGGAUCCUCUAUGUGGUCAAGACGGUGUACGAGGAUGACGACAAUGAGGCAACAGGGAACAAGAUUGACUACAUCUACAACACAGAACUGAGCAAAGACGGGUUUCUUGACAUCCCUUUCCCCAACUCUUACCAGUACAUUGCUGCUGUGGAUUACAAUCCCAGGGACAACCUGCUGUAUGUUUGGAACAAUUAUCACGUGGUCAAGUACUCUCUGGAUUUUGGAGCAUUGGACAACAGAUUAGAAACCUCCUCCUCUGUGUUGGUAUACAUGGAUACCACCACCUCAUCAGUGAGGACUACGACUCGGCCGACCACCGUCACCGCAACAAUGUCAACGCUGAGGACCACCACAAGCAAGAUGCCUCUCGCAACAUCUGCAGUGGCUCAGUGGCCGCGGACCACGCCAACAGCGGCCGCUCCGGUCCAGACGCUCAUCGAGGAGGCUUUGGAUCCGGAAGAUCACGAAAGGGCCCCACCUUCGUCGAAGCUUCCCAACGUUAGAGUGGAAUACUGCAAUCCUCUGGUGAUGAUGGAUAUCUCUUGGCCCAAAACCAAUCAGGGAAUGGUGGCCAAAAUGUCCUGUCCUCCUGGAACAAUAGGCGUGGCUGCCUUCGUGUGCGUGGGCCCAGACGGAUACUGGGACCCGCAGGGACCCGACUUUAGCAACUGCACGUCGCCUUGGGUCACCAUCAUCGACCAAAAGAUAAAGGCUGGAGAGACGGCCGCCGUCAUCGCCCGGGAGCUGGCCGAGCAGACCAAGACGAACCUUCAGCCGGGGGACAUAACUUACACGGUGAAAGCCAUGGUGCAGCUGGUGGAUCUGCUCGACGUGCAGCUCAGGAACCUCACGCCAGGCGGCAAGGACAGUGCGGCGAGGAGCCUCAACAAGCUGCAGAAGAGAGAACGUUCAUGUCGGUUCUAUGUCCAGGCCAUGGUGGAGACGGUCAACAACCUGCUCCAGCCUCAAGCUCAGGCAGCGUGGAGGGAGCUGAGCAUGGGCGACCAGCUGAGAGCCGCCACCACGCUGCUGGACACGGUGGAACAGGGCGCCUUCGUCCUGGCUGACAACCUGCUCAAGACAGACAUCGUUCAGGAGAACACCGAAAACAUCAAACUGGAGGUCGCAAGGAUGAGCACCGACGGGAAUCUGCCUGAUCUGAAGUUCCCUCAAAGCGGAGGACAAGGCAGCUCCAUCCACCUGUCAGCCAACACACUGAAGCAGCAUGGAAGAAACGGUGAGAUUCGGAUCGCCUUCGUCCUGUACAAACACAUCGGGGACUACCUGUCAACGGAAAACGCCAGCAUGAAGCUGGGCAGCGAAGCCCUGGCUACCAAUUACUCCGUCAUUGUCAACUCGCCGGUUAUCACGGCGGCCAUCAACAAGGAUUCUAAUAAAGUCUACCUCUCCGACCCCGUCGUUUUUACCAUCAGACAUCUCCAGCAAUCCGAGGAAAACUUCAACCCCAACUGCUCCUUCUGGAGUUACUCGAAGCGAACCAUGACGGGUUACUGGUCCACCCAGGACUGCCGUCUGCUGAUCACCAACCGGACCCACACCACGUGCUCCUGCACCCACCUCACCAACUUUGCCGUCCUCAUGGCCCACGUCGAUGUCAAGAACACAGACCCCGUUCACGACAUGCUCCUGGAUGUCAUCACUUGGGUUGGCAUCCUCCUGUCCCUGGUGUGUCUCCUCAUCAGCCUCUUCACCUUCUGCUUCUUCCGUGGCCUCCAGAGUGAUCGGAACACCAUCCAUAAGAACCUGUGCAUCAGUCUCUUCAUUGCUGAGUCGCUGUUUCUGGUGGGGAUCAAUCGGGGUGACCAGCCGAUUGCCUGUGCCGUCUUUGCCGCCCUGCUCCACUUCUUCUUCCUGGCAGCAUUCACGUGGAUGUUCCUUGAGGGGGUGCAGCUCUACAUCAUGCUGGUGGAGGUGUUUGAGAGCGAGCACUCACGCCGGCGGUACUUCUACAUGGUGGGCUACGGAGUUCCUGCUCUCAUCGUGGCUGUGUCGGCCGCGGUGGACUACCGCAGUUACGGCACGGAUCGAGUUUGCUGGCUCCGCCUGGACACGUACUUCAUCUGGAGUUUCAUAGGACCAGCAACCUUGAUAAUUAUGCUCAACGUGAUCUUCCUGGGCAUCGCUCUCUACAAGAUGUUCCAUCACACUGCCAUUCUAAAACCAGACUCCGGUUGCCUGGACAACAUCAAAUCGUGGGUAAUUGGUGCCAUUGCCCUGCUGUGCCUUCUCGGUCUGACCUGGGCCUUUGGCCUGAUGUACGUCAAUGAGAGCACGGUGGUCAUGGCCUACCUCUUCACCAUCUUCAACUCCCUACAGGGGAUGUUCAUCUUCAUCUUCCACUGUGUACUGCAGAAGAAGGUGCGUAAGGAGUACGGGAAGUGCCUGCGCACCCACUGCUGCACGGGCAAAAGUGUGGACAGCUCCAUCGGCUCUGUUAAAGGAACUGCGUCGCGCGCUCCCGGACGUUAUUCUGCAGGGUCGCAGAGUCGCAUCCGGCGAAUGUGGAACGACACCGUCAGAAAACAGUCGGAGUCCUCUUUCAUGACCGGAGACAUCAACAGCUCCGCAUCACUCAACAGAGGGGCUAUGGCUAAUCAUCUUAUAUCUAAUGCACUUCUACGUCCUCAUGGCACUAACAAUCCCUAUAAUACAUUGCUUGGGGAAUCGGCAGUCUAUAACAACCCUCUGGGCAUGUACAACACACAAGAGCCCUACAGAGAGACAAAGGGAAUCCUGAACAAUGCCCGGGAUACAAGUGUCAUGGAUACUCUACCACUGAAUGGUAACCAUGGCAACAGCUACAGCAUCGCCAGCGCUGAGUACAUGAGUGACUGCGUCCAGAUCAUCGAUCGGGGCUACAACCACAAGGAGACCACCCUUGAAAAGAAGAUCCUUAAAGAGCUCACCUCCAAUUAUAUCCCCUCCUACCUCAACAAUUCCCACGAGCGCUCCAACGAGCAGAACCGGAACCUCAUGAACAAGCUGGUCAACAAUGUUAGCAACGGAGGCAAGGAGAGCGGCUACGGGAUGGGCCUGGGAGUGGGGCUGGGCUUGAACGUCGCGCUGAGCCUGGACGACCAUUCCACUUUCGGUCCGCACCACGACGAAGGCCUCGGGCUGGAGUUGAUCCGCGAGGAGUCCAACGCCCCGCUGCUGCCGCAAAAGCCGCCCCCGGCCCUCCAGGCGGUGGACAACCUCCACCGUCACCUCCACCAGCCGGCAGCGCCGACCCUUCCACUGCCCCACCAUCCAUUUUCAUCCACCACCACCACCACGUCCUCCUCGGCGUCGCGGAGGAGGAUCCCCCAGGAAAACAGCGAUAGUUUCUUUCCUUUACUGAACAACGAGCACACGGAGGAAGAGGGGAACUCGCCCAGCCACAACCACCAGAGAGACUCCCUCUACACCAGCAUGCCCAUGCUCCCCGGCCUCGCCGUGGCGUCCGCGGAACCGGGCGAGGGCUCCAAAGAGGGCGGGGACAGCAAGAGUCUGGAGGCCAGCUCCGACGAUGUUUACUACAAGAGCAUGCCCAACCUGGGCUCGCGCAACCACCUCCACCAGCUCUACUCCUACUACCAGCUAGGGCGAGGGAGCAGCGACGGCUUCAUCGUUUCCCCCAACAGAGAAGACCAAUCCCCAGAGGAUCCCCACACGGAACCGUCGCAGCUGGUCACGAGUCUAUAGGCCUCACAAGAUCCCCAACUGAUCCCGGUGACGCAUCCAUACCCCCUCAGUCCUGUUCCUCCUGGUGUUUUCUCACAUUGUCUGUCGUCGGCAGUGGUAGACUCUUUCGUCAUCGCGUCCUGAAAGACUGAGGCGCAGCAAACGGCCGGACUCUGCCGCCGUUACGGACCAGAAACAGGAUCGCCGCAAAGCAGGGAGCUAAUACGUACCUAUGUGUGGUUUAGACACUGCAGGAUGUUGAUGUGUUGUCCCCUCCCCCGCCCUUUGAAAAACCUUUCGUGGUUUGCCGUGUUUUUGUCUCGUUGUGAAAAGAGACAAAUACUCACACAGGAUUGUUAGGUCUCUGCGACGUAACCCUACAGUCAAGACGAACUGGAAAGUCCUGAGCUAUAGACUUCAGAGUAAACGGGAAAUAAAAAGAUUAAAAAAAGGAAAAACAAGGACUAUUUUAUUAUACUUCUGUAUCUAUAUGGACUUUUUGAGAGUUUUUCUUCCUCUUUGGUCAGUUGCAGCACAUUUUGUUUGCUGAAGUGUCCCUACAAUGAAAAAAACAAACUAAAAAAGUAAAAAAAAAAAAAAAAAUCACACACACAGUCGCAUUUUGGAAAACUACCAUAAACAACAAAUUAUGGACCGUAUGCUUUCAAGCAUAGAUGUUUUUCUUUUGUUUCCAUUCAUUUUACUGUAAUAACAGUUGUUAAAAGAGGGAGAAAAAAACUACUGAGAGGAUUAUGACAUAAUUCUAUGUAACUGUACAGACGACUAGCAUUGCACAUAAUAGUAAGCUUUUUUUUUUUCUUUCUUUUUUUAAGUUUUGUUCCAAGCAAACCCUUUUGUCUCUGUAAAUGUAGUGAUUAGGGACAGUUUUGUUCUGUUGUGCUGGCCUCUCUGGGCUCCUGUUACCCGCCUCGUUUUCAGUUUUCGCAUUUCCAACAAAAAAAAGCAAAACACAAAAGAACACACUUACUGUGCAAGCAUAUCGACAAAGCUGGUUUUUUUUUAUUGAUUUCCAGUCAGUUGUGUUUCUCUUACAUUUUGUUUUUCUUCUUUUUUUAAUUUAUUUGCUUCUCAUGUAGAUAUCAGUCCAUGGAGGACACAGGAUUCAGAUAACACCCUUGCUUCUCCAAAAGGUUCAAUUCCCGCCUAAAUUGAACACCAAACGCUUGUCCUAAAAUAAAAUUAAACAAUUGUUCAAAAUAAAGCACCCCUCACCCUCCUGGAUCCCUCCUGACACGCCCUCAUUGGCUGAACAGCUGCUACAAGCCCCUUACUCUGCUCCUCCCCCACUCUGGUCACAGUUGCACAUGAUUAAUUCAAGGAAAAAAUCCCACUUUUUCAAAAUUGAAACUUUUCUGUUGUUUUUUUCUCCAUAGCAACCAUAUUAUUUUUUGCUCUCCUGGGGGUAACGAAUAGUUCUAUGUAAUUUUUAGUGGAAUCAGCAAAAGUAAUUUUUUUGAUUUCCUUAGCAACAGAGGUUUUGUGUUGACCACGCCCACAUGUCUAAUAUGUUCAUAUUGUAUGUUAUAUAAUUUCGAUCAUCUUAAGCCAGGGAUUCAUAUGGUGAAUUUUCACAACAUUCUGGUGAAAAAUGUGUAACAGGGUACACCACGUUUUGUUAGCUCACCAUGCUAACGCCGCUCAAAAUCUACAAACUUUAAAGCCAACUUUUUUUUUUUUUUUUUUUUUUCGCGAGGAGUAAGGAGGAAUUAGAUUGAAAUCCUUAAAGAAGGAGGAGUUUUGUGGGUAUUUUGGGGGAUGAAAAUUCAAAAUGGCAGUCUCUUCCGUAGGUCAAAGGUCCACAAAACUUUAGUUGUCGGUGUAGACGUAAGAUAGUGUGAAAUUAGGUGAAAAUUACUUGAACAAUUUUCUUAAAAUAUAUUGUACGAAAUUUUCAUAUUUUCAGAUAAAAUGGCUGUAGAUCCUACUGCCAUCCCAUAAUAAGUUCAUUUGGAUGUCCCUGACGUGCUUUUGAUUCCAUAAGUGGAUUUGGAAAUAUUUGUUUUGAGCCCCAUAAAUACAUACAUUUUUUGGGACCUUUCCACCUUUUCCAAUGAUUGAGUACUAAUUUUUACUUAAAUGUGCAGUAAGAAGGAAGAUUUGUAAAAAAAUUUAAUAAAAAUGGUCAUUGCUGGAUGAAAAACAACUCAUUGAGCGACAAAAAAACUUCUCUUGAAGGAGAAAGCCACUUUAUUUAUUUAACAAAUAAAACGGUAAUAAAAACCAAGGAGAGUAGUGAGUUUUAGUGGCACAAAGAGGUUUUUAUUGUUGGCUGUGUUUUUUAUUUUGGCUUCUUAUUUAUUCUUUUUUUUUGUAUCCGUUUUAAAAUUGAAUGACCUCAUAACUGAUAUUUGUUGUACCAGUGGAACUUGUUUGCCAACAAAUAAAACGACUGAUUGAGAUUUAACACAGAGUGAGGGCAGAGAUUUGUUGUCUGGGCUUUUGCAGCACUUUUAUUAAAAGGGAAGAACCUCCAAAAAUGUUGGAGCAAUCACCUUCCUUUCUUCCCAUUUAAUUAUCGAUUUCUUAUUCCUCUUUGGUCCUUUUUUCUUCCAUGAAGCCAAGAUGUUUUUUUUUUUCUUUUCUUUUUUGGCCCUGCAACCAUGGAUGUGCUCUGUAUGCUCUGGUCUGCUUUACAAUAGAAGCAGUGAUUUCAUAAGCUGUAAUAAAUAUUUCAGAAUCCUU